AUGGACAUGAGUGGGAAUUUGAACUGCAAAGAUCAGGGAGACAAGUUAGGCACUCAUCAAGGUCACAUUGAUAUGGGUGGGCAGAACUAUAACAGCAGGGAUUCCAAGUAUAAGACUCAAGAAAGAGAGUUGGACUCGGAAAAGGGACAAAAGAAUACUGCUGAUAAGGUGGAGUCAAAUGCUAACGAAGAAAAUCUAGACAGUGAUCAAGGAGACAGGUUAGAAAAUGAUCAAAGUCACAGAGACAUGGGUGAGAAGAGCAAUGACAGCAGCGGCUCCAAGUAUAAGAGUGAAGAAAUAGAGUUGGACUCGAAAAAGGGACAAAAGAACCCUGAUGAUAAGUUGGAGUCAAAUGCUAAAGAAGAAAAUCUAGACUAUGAUCUGGCAGACAAGUUACAAAAUGAUCAAAAUCACAGAGACCUGGGUGAGAAGAGCAAUGACAGCAGGGGCUCCAAGUAUAAGAGUGAAGAAAGAGAGUUGGACUCGAAGAAGGGACAAAAGAACCCUGAUGAUAAGGUGGAGUCAAAUGCUAAAGAAGAAAAUCUAGACAAUGAUGGUAAAUAUUUGCAAUCUAAAGCUCAAGAGGAGACAGAAAAAGUUUUUGGCGUGGAGAAGGAGCUUGAGCCGGUUGAUGGAACAGAAGUUUCAGGGAUGGAAGCUUACACAAGCAUGUCCAUCCAUUCUCUGGAUCCUGAUAUGGAAACCCCUGGAGUAGUUGAAAAGGCAGUAGCACUUAAGAACUUUAUUAAGGUUAAGAGUGUAGUUGCAGUCACCAGUUUCCUCUGUCGCUUUUCUGGAAACAGAAACAAAGGUGGACCGGAUGUUGCUGAUGAUGCAGAUAAGAAUUUUUCAGAUUCCAUUAAGGACAGUGAAGUUGGAGAUGCCUCUCAGAAAACAUUGGAAAGACCUGCAUGGAAUCCCCUUAGCUUUAUUAAAAUGUACCCAGAUGUUGAUGGAAGGAAUAAAGCUGAGGAUGCAAAUGAUGAACCAGAACAUCCUAUAGCCAUGAAAGGGAGAAUAAUAUUGUACACAAGGUUAGGGUGCCAGGACUGCAAAGAUGCCAGGUUAUUUUUGUAUUGGAAGAAGCUCAGAUAUACGGAGAUCAAUAUUGAUGUGUACCCUAGUAGAAAGCAGGAGUUAGAGAAAUUUUCUGGGUCUUCUACUGUUCCAAAGGUGUUCUUCAAUGAAGUCCUUAUUGGAGGUUUGAGUGAACUAAAGGGCCUGGAAGACUCUGGCAAGCUUGAUGAGAAGAUUGAUUAUCUGGUUAGUGAAGCACCAUCAUUUGAAGCUCCUUUGCCACCUCUUUCAGGUGAAGAUGAUGUUUCCAAUAGUGGAGCUAUUGAUGAACUGGCUCUUAUUGUCCGGAAAAUGAAAGAAUUUGUUGUUGUGAAGGACCGGUUUUACAAAAUGCGCAGGUUCACAAAGAGUUUUUCAGGUUCAGAAGCAGUGGAUUUCUUGUCAGAGGAUCAGUAUCUAGAAAGGGAAGAGGCUAUCGAAUUUGGUAGGAAGCUUGCAAGCAAACUCUUCUUUCAACAUGUUCUUGAGGAAAAUUUAUUUGAGGAUGGAAGCCACUUGUAUCGGUUCCUGGAUGAUGAUCCAGUUGUAUCUCAAUGUCAGAACAUCCCAAAGGGUAUAAUUGAUGUGAAGCCAAAGCCCAUCAUACAAAUUGAAUCAAGGUUGAGAUUUGUAAUGUGUGCCAUCUUGGAAGCCUAUGUGUCAGAAGAUGGAAAACAUAUUGAUUACAGAAGUAUCCAUGGAAGUGAGGAAUUCGCAAGGUAUCUGAGAACAGUAGAGGAGCUCCACAGAGUUGAAAUGCAGGAUAUGCGGAGGGAGGAUAAACUUGCUUUCUUUAUAAAUCUUUACAAUAUGAUGGCCAUCCAUGCAAUACUGGUAUGGGGUCAUCCAGAUGGAGCAAUAGAACGAAGGAAGUUGUUUGGAGACUUCAAAUAUGUUAUUGGUGGGUCUGCAUAUUCACUUUCAGAUAUCCAAAAUGGUAUUUUACGGGGAAAUCAGCGACCACCGUAUAAUCUCAUGAAGCCGUUUAAUCCAAAAGAUAAGCGUGCCAUGAUGGCUCUUCCUUACCCAGAGCCUCUUAUUCAUUUUGCGCUGGUUUUUGGUACUCGAUCUGGCCCUGUCCUCCAAUGUUAUUCUCCAGGGGACAUUGACAAAGAAUUAAUGGAAGCUGCUCGUGGUUUCUUAAGAAAUGGAGGUCUUAUUAUUGAUUUUGAUACCAAGGUUGCAUCAGCUACUAAGAUUCUUAAAUGGUUUAGCAUAGAUUUCGGUAAGAAUGAAAUGGAGGUGCUGAAGCACUCAUCAAACUACUUGGAACCAGCUAUUUCAGAAGCUUUACUGGAGUUGCUUGCGACCUCUCAGCUGAAGGUGAUAUAUCAGCCUUAUGACUGGGGUUUGAACUGUUAACAUUAGUUACAUAGCUUUCUUUCAUACACCACAUACAGCUUUAUAUAGCUUCCCUAGUUUUACGAAAAUUAGCAUGAGUGAAGUGAUGAGCUACUUUCGUUAUUGAUAUGUACAUGUGUAGUCUGAUAGACAUACAGGACAGUCAUUUGCUUGAGAAAUAGAUUAGCAGGGUCAUGUUGCUUAAAUUUCAUCAGUUGUACCUUUUUAAGUAGUCAAGCCUAGUAUCAUUACAU